AUGGACAAUGAUUAUGAGCUUCGUAAACUUCUCCUCAACACGGAGUUUGCAUUGUCAGACGAUGAUAAAGACUAUUUAAUAUUUGUAAUUGGAUCGGAUAUUGGAAAACGUUUACAAAAUAGUAAAUUAAUUGACGUGUUUGAAGCAUUAAUUGAACGAAACAAAAUUUCGUCAAAUAAUUUAGAUUAUUUAAUUGAACGAUUAGAAGCAAUAAAACGACUGGAUGUGGCACAAUAUUUAAAAGAACACAAACCAUCACUUUCGAGAGUCGAAAACAAUUUUUCAAGUCCAGAAAUGUCAUUGAAAGACAUUCUUUCAAUAUUACGUGACGAACAAAGCCAGGAAAGCGAUUCCAAUUUACAAGAUUAUCUUGAAGACGAUUCGUUGGAUCUACGAUCGCUUGAAAUAUCACCAUCAGGUUUAUCAUCAAAUUUAAUCAAUACUCGUGAGCUUACUGACAUUGACGAAGUGGAAAAUACAAAUAUUACAUAUGAAAAUGAAUCGUCUGAAUCGUCAAAGUUAUUACAAAAAAUACCGGAUAAAUAUCUAUUGUUAAUAAAUCGUGCUCUUAGUCAACGAAAUACAGUUAUUGAUAGUGAUACCUAUCAGAGUAGUGGACUCAUUUCUUGUCGGUUGACAGAAUAUUAUUAUUUGAAAAAAGUUGAAGAACAAUCGAUUAGUAACUCAUUGCCCUGUUUUUUAUCAUUUUGUCUGGUACUACCGAAUUUAAGUGGUCAAUUUGGGCCUUUAUCUUAUUCUCCUCAUCUAAAAUUAAUAGAAGAUGAUGACAACCUAAAGCAAGAACUAGUAUAUUAUAUCGAAAAGAAGUAUAAAAAGUCUGCAAAGACAAUCGGUUUGAAGAAAGCAAAUAAACUUAUACGUUAUCUACAAACUCACAGAAUAAAAUUGAAUCAGAUUGAUCUGAUCAUAUUCAAUGUUUGUACACGGCGACGUAUAAACAAUAAAAGUAAUGAGGAUGAAAUUCAAUCUUAUAUCACAUUAAUGAACUAUCUUAACGAUUUACACUUAUCAAUUGAUCAAAAACCAAGGAUCAUUGUUAUUAGAACAAAACCGGAUCAGGAAGUAUCAGUUUGGGAUGAAUUAAUUUGUACUUACAAUCAACACUAA